AUUCAGAGAUUUUUCAAGUCUCAAGGUUGGUCUGUCCGUUUUCGCAUCGUCGUUCGUAAUACCGUGUCUAUUCUGUUAGUAACUGUACAGUAGUAUUAACUUGAAAAUUCGUGAAAAUUCUUGCUAAAAACUGUCUGGCGUCUUGUUUGCUGCAAUCUUGUUCAAAUGUUGAGCGAAGGAUUCAGACAAUAUUUCUGAUUGGAGCUCCAGGGGUUGUGUUGUAGUUAACUGUUAUUUACUUGAAAGUUUAGAAAAUUUGUUGCGAAGUUUGAUUGAAUCUGUCUUCAUCGUCUAUGAAGCUUUCGACAACACUCCUUUAAGCAAGGUUAUCAGAUCCAAUUUUAAAUAUUAAUACCUUACUCGCUAUUUCUCAAGACAGUAUAUUUUGUGAUUACUAGUACUUUUACUGUGGAGCUCAUCUUCACUCACGAGAACAUCUGUUUGGACUUUUAGUUGUAAUGAUGUAGUUGGUUGACCUUAGGUUUAUAUUUGACUGCCUAAAAAUAUUGGAGUUAGAAUACCUACCUCCAUAAUUUAUUUUGGUUGCACGUAGAUGUUUUUUAGAGCUCAGCUUUAUAUUCAGGGGUACCGUUAACCAAUUUUGACCAAACUUUAAUUUUAAAUUUGCGAAAGCCUUUUCCUUAUAGUUAUUUAAAAUGUGUUUACUUUGGAUCUUUAUGGAGGUCAUACUGUGUUUUAAAUUCUCUUGCUGUUUAGUGUCUUCUCACCUGUUUACACCAUUACAAUGCCAUUACACAUAGUUUUUAAGUACAUGUGUGUAUGUAAAAGCUAAUACGUUGUAGCAUUUAAAUUCUAAUGAAUCCAUACUUUCAAGCAAUCAGUUUUCAUAUAAUAUGUGUGCAAGAAAAUCGACCCUAAAACCAAUUUAAAUUCUUAUUGAAUGAAUUGAAAAGGUAAAAUGUUUGUGUAUCAGUUUUCAUCCCGAGUGGAAUUGAAUAACUUCAUAUAUACAAGUUAAAAUGAAGUGCUUUUAGUGUGUUAGUAACUUCUGUUCUUACUGCUAGUUAAUCAUAUGGUAAUUGACGUAACAUAAAAUCUUGGUUAAAUAUUUUGCAUAUAAAUGUCAGCUUGAAUUCUCUCCAGUUUUUCAGUCGUCUAUUCUAUCCUUAAAAGUAUGUUUGGUUGGGAUUUUGGGUCUAGUAAGCAAAACGUUCAUUCUAUCACCCCAGUCUAUUUGAUAUUUUAUCAUAUCAAUUAGGCCAUUACAACACAAAUAUCAAUUGUAUUCACAUAGCUUAUCGUUUCUGUGAACUUUACAUUAUCAUAUACUAAGGCUUUUUUUAGAACGGAAUGGUUAUUUUUGAUUCGCAGUUUUUUUAUCAUUUGGUAUUUAAAUGUAGUGGAAAGUAUGACCGUAACUUCAGUUUGUUUUAGUUAGUACUUAGUCAAACUUUCCAGUGCUUUUAAAUUUUUGGUUACUUAUCUUUUCGUAAAGAUUUUUCGGUAUUUUUAACUUUCAGACAUAACGAUUUUAAACAGUUAUAAACAACAACUAACGAUCGUUAGAGUGUCAAGGUGAAGUGCUUUUUAACUUAUUGAGAUCAAUGAAUACUCCUAAAAGAUCUAACUUUCGAGGAAGAUUUUUCAGAGGGAGAAGGUUUCCUUUUAAAGGCAAAGUUCAAAGUGAUGGGAGUUAUAAACGAAAACCUAAUCAAAUCAAAUCUCCUCGUACAUAUACCACUAAUUCUUCAGAAAAUGAAUUUUCCCAACUGACGGAUUCGUUAGGAAUCGAUUCUAUCCAUAGUGGAUUCCUUAAUCAAAAAGCAUUACCACUUGCUUCAUUCAACAAAAAUUGUCCUUAUCCUGGUUGGUUAUUAUACUUUCCAACUCGAUUGUAUGAAAAUUCAUCAAAAGUUUCAGCUUACUCAAAAAUAACACUUGAAUUUAUUACUGACUUAAUACAAAAAUCUGGAUAUAAUCUUCUACUAAAUCCUUGUACUGUUGAUACUGUAUCAAAUUUGAUUGGAAAUGCUCUGGAUUGGAUAAAAAUUGAAACACAGGGUGCUGUACUCAUUGACUAUUCAUCAAUUAUUCACUCUAAACUAUUACAAGAUAAAUUGCACAUAAACAAAUGUUUUAAUGAUAAUGUGACAGGGGGUAUAGAAUGUGCUGAACAUUGUGAAAUAAUAUUACGAGCUUUUGGUUUAGCAUUACAUACUUUAUGCUAUCGAACAGCUUAUCAACACGACUCUGUACCGGAUAUUUUUAAAGUUGAAAAUGAAUCGAUUGGAAUGAAUACACGUUUACCUGGUUAUAUUGCUGCACGUAUUGUAAAUCAUUCACCGAUUACUCCGUUACGAAAAUUACGUGCUCAUCAUUUAGGACAAUUCAUAUCAGUCAAAGGCAUUGUUGUAAGACUUGGUUCAGUUGAACCAGUAUGUCAUCGUUUAGUGUUUGAAUGCUGUCGUUGCGAAAUGAAACAAGUAUUAAUACUACCAGAAAAUGGUAAUUAUGCUAUACCAAGUAAAUGUCCAACAAAAGAUUGUCGAUCUAAAAGUUUUGAACCAUUAUUAAAUCAUCCUGAUACAUUAACAAUAGACACACAAAUUAUUACAAUUCAAGAAGCAUCAUCGGAUAAUCAUGAGAUUGAUGGAAAUCAUCGUGAUGCAUCCAGCUCAAGUGUUACAUCAAUUGGUCGAAGUGCACGUUGUUUAGCAUGUCGACUAGAACGGGAUUUAAUUGAUUCCUGUAUUCCAGGUGAUGUAUUACAUUUGACUGGCUUAAUUGGUCUCAUUAGUUCGGAUGGUUUAGGAGCAUCAUCAUCUUCCAAUUCUGCCUACUCGUCAUCUUGGUCAAGUCGUCGUGGUGCAACAAUGUACAGUCUAAUUAUGAAUGUAAAUAGUUUGGUCUGUUUAAGUGGCGGGGGUGGUGGACGUAACUCUGGCAGGUUAACUGGCGAUGAGAAUCAACGUUUGUUGAUUUUAUCAUCGAAUGAAUCUGAGCAACCUGACAGCCAAAUAAAGAGUGAUGGUGAUAUGAGCAAAGUUAUAUCCAGUUUAGAUAGUGAAUUUUCAAUGAAAGAUUUAUAUGCAAUACGUGAAAUAAGUGAGCAACCAAAUUUAUUCCGUUUACUGGUCUGUUCAUUAUGUCCUAGUAUAUGUGGUCGUGGUCUCAUUAAAGCUGGCCUAAUAUUAGCUUUAUUUGGUGGAACACAAUCCACAACAGAUAAAAGUGUGAAACGUCGUAUGCGAUUAAAACAACAUAAACAACAACAUGAUCGAGAUGUUUUGGUCGAAAAUAAUGAUCUGAAUUGUGAAAAUAACAAUGCUCAUCGACAAGUAACAAAAAGAAAAAGGAGAAAUUCACAUGAAAUUAUUGAUCAUAUCGAUGAUUCUACAUCUUAUCGGUUAGGGUUUUUUCAAAAUGAUAAAAAUACCACUUUUGAUGGUGAUGAUGAUGAGGAAGAGGACGUGAACAACGAUUCCAUUGACGAUAGUCAAUCUGAUAAUUUAUCAUUAACUGAUGAAAAUCAAGAGAAUAGUUGUAUAAAUCAAUCUGAUAAUGAUAUCCGAUUAUCAAACUAUACAGAAUUAAAUUAUGAAUCAAGCUUAGUUCGUCGUUCUGCUUCACAUGUACUCAUUGUCGGUGAUCCUGGAUUAGGUAAAAGUCAACUACUUCGGGCUGCUGCAAGUUUAGCUCCAAGAGUUUUAUAUGUAUGUGGAAAUACAGCGACAGCUGCUGGUUUAACUGUCAGUACAAUUCGUGAAGGUAAUAAUAGCGGUGGGGGAUUCGGUUUAGAAGCUGGUGCAUUAGUUUUAGCCGAUCAGGGUUGUUGUUGUAUUGAUGAAUUUGACAAGUUAACAUGUGAUCCAGCUGUACUUCUUGAAGCUAUGGAACAACAAUCAGUUAGUGUUGCACGUGGUGGUCUCGUAGCAAAUUUACCAGCUCGUGCAGCUGUUCUAGCUGCAGCUAACCCUAUAAAUGGUCAUUAUGAUAUAACACGACGGUUAGAUGAAAAUCUACGUAUACCACCAGCUUUAUUAUCCAGGUUUGAUUUAAUAUUUGUAUUAUUGGAUCAUCCAGAUGAAGUGGCUGAUCGUCUUCUAUCAGAGCAUGUUACAGCUGUUCAUACUGGGAAUUGGAAACCGUCUAGUUUUAUGUGUUCUCAAACAACAAAUCAACGUGAUCGUCAUAUGAAUAUUAGUCAUAAUUGUAAUACUGGUGCUGGAGGCAGUGCCAUUGUACAAGAGUUUGAUUCUAGUAUUCCAUUAAGUCAACGAUUAGAAUUGCUUGUUGGUGAAAGAAUUGAUUAUAUACCUCCAGUAUUAUUGCGUAAAUAUAUUAUGUACUCUAGAAAAUAUGUAAUGCCAUGCCUUUCAAAUGAAGCAGCCAUAACUCUACGUGAUUUUUAUUUAGAACUUCGUAAACAUCGUCAUAGUCGUGAUACAUUUCCUGUAACUUUACGACAACUCGAAUCAUUAAUUCGUUUAACACAAGCAAGAGCUAGAGCUGAACUACGAGAAGAAGCAACUAAACAGGAUGCAUUAGAUGUCUGUCAAUUAAUGCAAUCGACCGGUUUAGGUAGCGGUUUUAUCACUGGUACACCAGCUAAUGUAAGUCUUAGUGAAAUGAAUAAUCUACUCAAUACAACAUUAUCAAAACGAAUUAAUUCGUCAUCAACUGGACCAGGCGCUGCUAAACGUCUGUUAGCUGCACUUGAGAUAACUUCAAAACGUACAAACAGUCGAUUAUUUACAAUGCCAGAAAUUAAUACUAUUGCUAAUGAUAUUCAUAUUGCUUCAAAUUGUAUUAUGACUUUAUUAGAUCGAUUAAAUGAAUCCGGUGCAAUACUUAAACGUGGCACCAACCUAUAUAAACUUGUUUAAAACUCAUAUUUUCUGUGUUGUAAUCUCCUUGUUUACUUUUCUUACAGUGUUGACCUGAGUUGAUUUCUUGAUCUUUUUAGUACGAUCGUUAUUUAUAUUCCCUUUUUUUACUUGACAGAAACGCUGUUUUUUUGUUUGUUUCUUCUAUCAUAAUAAAAACACAGUCGUUCCCCAGUUUUGCCAUAAAGCAGUCUUCUAAAAUUGGACCCAACGGGAACCCAUGGUGAUCUCAUCUCUUUGUCCAUAUAUUUCAUUGUUGAAACUAAACUGGACAUUAAAGGUACAACGUAACAAAAUUUCUUUCAAAUUGGUGCAAUUUUAGCCGACAUCUUUAUGGUAAAACUGGGAAACGACCAACCUAGUUCUAUGAAUAAUCGAUUUCAUCUAUGGACGACACAUUUGUCAUUUGUGACAAUAAUAUUGAAUUAGAAG